AAUAGGUGAGUGAAUCACAGGUGGUAGAAUAUGGCUGGACAAAUAUCGGAAUCGGAUCAGAUCAAGCAGUUCAAGGAGUUUCUUGGAACGUACAAUAAACUUACAGAGAACUGCUUCCUGGAUUGCAUAAAGGAUUUCACCAGCAGAGAGGUUAAACCAGAAGAGAUGACUUGCUCAGAUCACUGCCUACAGAAGUAUUUAAAAAUGACACAAAGGAUCUCCAUGAGAUUUCAGGAGUACCACAUUCAGCAGAACGAAGCUCUGGCAGCUAAAGCAGGACUGCUUGGCCAACCUCGUUAGACAAGAACACUCUGUUCAGACUUUACAAGCAGUGCCAGUGUUCACUGGGCAAGAACACACUUUGGAUUUUCUACUGUCGGGAUGUAUGUCCAGCAGAAGAGAGUUCUAGAUGCUGUUCAGGCAGUGGAAACCAUGAAAGAUUA